AUGGAGCUGAGUGGUGUUUACGACGUGAUGAUAGUUCCCCCCGAGAUGAAUGUGCCUACUAGAUCUAAUACGAAUACUGUUAUUAGAGUGUUCUACCGAUCGUCUAGAAUUGACAUUGGGGGUGUAUUUGAGGUGUUGGAGGAGCAAGGUCAGGAACUAUAUAGUUUUACAGUGGUCAACCAGAGCCGAGGUCCGUAUGACCCGAAGAUCGAGACAACGGUUGUUCGGGCGCCUAACAAACUCAAGGCAGCUCUCGUCAGAGCGCAUUUGGCAUCAUUGCCGGGUAUCAUAUUUUGCGGUAUCAUCAACGUGAAAGACAUCGUGGUGAUUCAUGACGCGGCUUCCUGUUCGCCGGAUGCA